AUGGCAUCUCAGUGGCCCAUAUACAGUCGCGAACAGCUCGUCAAAUAUGUCAGCUAUAUUUAUAACCUCCCGUUAGACCAAGGAUUGACCAAACUGUCUGAAAUUGAGGAUCUCGUCCGGAGUGACCCUCUCAAGGCAUUAACUACGCUUCAGCAACGGCAGCUCGCAGCCAUACCGUUUUCAAAUGUGGUGCUACACUACUCGCAGCACCGUACCAUCUCCCUGGACCAUGACCACCUAUUCCACAAACUCAUUGAGAGGGGCCUGGGUGGCUACUGCAUGGAAAACACAAACAUCCUGGCCAUCGUGAUGCGCUCGUUGGGAUACCAGCUUUACACAACAGGAGGAAGAGUGAGCAAGACUUAUGAUGGGCCUAAUGCUACUGGCGAGUUUACCGGAUGGGGCCACAUGAUACUGAUAGUGACCAUUAAAGGGAAAAAAUACAUGGUCGAUGUUGGCUUUGGACCGAAUGGCCCAACCCGCCCAGUCCCGCUUGAGGAGAAUAAACCCCUUACGUCCUUCAUUCCCGCACACAUGAGAUUGAUCAAAGACAACAUCAAGCCCAAUGUUGAUCAAAGCCAACGGCUCUGGAUAUUCCAAACCCAACCUAAUCCUGAAAGUGAAUGGAGAGAUGCCUUCUGCUUUUACGAAAUCGAGUUCCUGCCCCAAGACUAUGAGAUUAUGAACUUCUGGACAAGCAAGCACCCUAAGAGCUUCUUCACAAAGAAAUUUUUUUGCACCAAAUUCCUUCUGAAUGAGGCGGAAGACGAUAUCAUCGGUACCUUAGUGUUGAUGGGGAUUUAUUUGAAACGGAAUAUCAAUGGGAAUGUAGAGGAGCUCGCCAGCUUUAACUCUGAAGAUGAAAGAAUUUCUGCAUUAGGAAGGUGGUUUAAUGUACAUCUCGAACCUUUGGAAGUUCGAGGAAUGAGGGACUCGGUCGUGGAAAUUUAG